CUCUUUUCUUCCUUCUCUCUAUCAGUACCAUCACUACCAGGGUUACUACUACUGCAUGGCCCAACUUGCAGUAUCACCUGCAUCAACCAUGAUCCCAAGGGGAGACUUUUCGUCUUCCAUUUAAUUUACAUUUACAAAUACUACUCUUACAUUGUUCCCUUGUUCUCGUUCUUGAUUGAUCAUUAUGUUUUGAAUCGAGUCUUGGCCGGUUGGUUGAAUGCCUACUUUUGGUGUCUUGGAGCGACAUAUUGCAUCUUCACCUCUUUCUUGGUCCGCAUUUCUUGGCCACCUUUCCUCAUCAUCAUGUCUCUCACCAUCUUGAGAGACCCUUCUCCUCAACCAUGUUCACAUAGCAGUUCUUUACGCAUUACCGGUAAAGCCAAUUGGCCAAUGGCCAUCAAACUAAAUCGAACCGAUACGGAUCUAGGCCUUAGCUCCGAAGAUACCGAUUUAUUUCGAACCGACAGCGAAGAUGCUUGGAAAACGUUGGAUAAUAUAGCUGUUCUUGGUUUGACUUUGGAAAAUAGCGAGGAUGAGACGACACGUUCAGGCGAAUUACCUAGAUUGUCCAUUGAAGGUGAUGAGGCCGAGGCCGGGUACUUGGAAUCCUCCUCUUCACCGCUAGUCGGCCCGUUCCAGAAGUGGAUGAGAAACCUACACAAACGAGCACAUCGUUCGAGGACCCAUCAUCACCACGGCCGAUUCGAUCCUUUCCCGGAAUACUCGGAAUACACCUUCGGGGAUGAUUCCCUGGCCCCAGAUGGCCACAGGAAGUCAUCUUCCGGUUCCUCGUAUGGGUUCGUUAACGCUGUCAGGAGCGCAAGCAUAAGUCUUGCAAGCGCCAGCGUGGUUACGCGGCCGAGGAGGCAUACCGGGCGAUCGUCGCUUCAAGGCAGGUCAGAAAUCAGUAGCAGGGGAUCAACUUCUGGUCCGCGAUGUUCUGAGGACAGCACAUGUUUUGAACGGACAAUGUCAAAUGACCCAGGUGUGACGGAACGGUUGCUUCAAAGACGCCGUAUUUUGGAAGAAAUUAUCGAUACGGAAGAGAGUUAUAUUGGUGAUGUUAAAUUCCUCAUGAACGUUUAUGUCACCAUUCUGGCUUCUUUGCCAUCACCACAUAUGGGCCUUCGUUCCUCGAUCAACCGUAAUCUAACAGAUAUAGUCGAAUUGCAUGAAGAAAUCCUUGGUGAACUGCAUCGAAUCGUGCCAAAUUCUGAGUAUACGCAGCCCGAGCGAAUCCCAGUAACACCCAAUCCGCCAACAUCUAAGAAACAUCAUCGUUGGCGCAGUCUAGAUUCUGUCCCGGAAGAAAAAGGGGGUGCAUCAUGUUGGCUACAGGACAUUCCUAGUGUGUUCGCUGAACCAUCUGUUGCGGCUGAGGUAGCUCAUAUAUUCGGCAAAAGGAUGAACCGUUUCUUCAUCUACGAAGAAUAUGGCGCAAAGUACGAAAUGAUGAUCAAAGAUGUCGCAUCUGCUCAUCGGACGAUGCCCCAAUGGGAGACAUACCAAAAAGGGCUAGAAGCAUUGGCUGCUUCGUUGGGCGCUAUUAACCAUCAUCUUGACCACUCGAGGAAAUCUCUAACUAUUGGUGAUCUCUUGGUCAAACCAAUCCAAAGGAUUUGUAGAUAUCCUCUCCUUUUCGCGGAGCUCUUGAAGUAUACACCUGUAUGCGAUUGCCCAAAUUCGCAUAUGGAGAUAGAGAACGUUCUCAUCCGAUUACGUGAGGCUACAUCUGAGAUCAAUCGUGCGACGGAUGAUCCACGAAUGAAAACGACGAUGGAGCAAACAUGGUUACUUCAGGACAGGCUUGUGUUCCCUAACCAACAGAGACUAGAUGCAGCUUCGAAGACCGCAAUUCGUUCGUUUGGACAAGUUCGGCUCUGCGGUGCCCUGCACGUAUGCUGGCAGAGUAAAGACGGCGUGGAAGGCACCUACAUGGUUACACUUCUGUACAAAGACUGCUUGUGUCUUGCCACGACUAGCAGGGCAGACCAGACCUAUACCAUCCAGGCUUGUAUAAGUCUUAAUGACAUAAAGGUCGAGGAAGUUGACAAUGGCCGAGGCCUACAAUGCCACACCGCACCUUUCUCUUGGAAGCUUGUAUUCGAAUGUGAUCACCAACUUUACGAAAUAAUCAUGACAGCGUGUUCUCCGAAGGAGGAACUAGAAUGGCGCACUCGCCUUACACGACAAGAUUCAAUCGAACCAUAUGAAAUAUCAGAACCCAUAUUUUAUAGCUCAAUCUUCUUCAACAUAAAGAGUCUGGGAACCAUUUUUGGAAAACCAGGUACCGUUGCUCGUCGUCUCUCCAUCCAUAGAGCUACUACAGUUGGACCAAAAUCGCCAUUAUGCCAAGUCAUACUCAAGAACACGAGCACGAUAAAGGACAAUUCACCGGCGAAUCCGACCUCGCAAAUUAACCGUUCACAAUCACUGUUGACAACCAAUACACGUAUUCCCGUCCUUGCCCCUUCUCGAGGAGAUCGAGCUCGUCUGGAGGCGUUGCUGGCGGAUGUCUGGAGCCGCAAGUUUCUCCCCUUCCCGGGCAUAACAAGCCGUUCGAGAAGUGAGCACCUCGUUCGUAGCUCGGCAUCAACCGUUAUGCGGAAGCUGAGUGUCGCAAGUAUUACUAGUUCUUUCGCGAAGCGUUCGACUAGCACGACCAAUGUGGCGAAGUUGAGCGAAAACGGUGACUCACAAAUCGACGACGACAAAUUAAUUGCCGGGUUGAUUAGGAUUCGUACGGCUGAAGAUAUUAAGCAAAGACUGCCGAUGAUCCAGGAUGAAUCUGAGCACACAAGCAGCCAAAGUUCAAGCGUCUUUUCUACAACUGAUAUUCAGGAGCAAUCAGGAACAGUUAAAAAACUUGACUCUUCAAAACUUGAUUUGGAAUGGUUAGAGGAACAUGGGGUUUCCAAACACUCAAGUGGAAUACGUCGAAGUAGACAGACAUCAGUGUCAGCAAGGUCAUCGCCAUCUUGUACUGACGAGGAGAAUAUAUAUCAAGGACUCGGAACGAAACAUCGCUUACACGAAACAUUAACUAGUAUUAGGCCCACCGGGAAGUGGCCUAGGGUUGGAGCCAUCAACAAGGGGUUGAUGGCAUCCAGCAUUCGCAGCAUUUUUAGAUGAAGUGAAGGCAACUUCAGCAUUACACACCAAUGGUUGGGUAUAGAUACACACGGUUUGGACUGGCUCUGGCUUGGGGUUAUACCAUUCUUUUGUUUUCUUGUUUUUCUCUCGCGCGAUGACACCGGAACGGCACCAGAUUCCUUAUGAGGUUUUGCUUUUCGUCUACUGCCUUGACGGGGCUUUUAGACUUGGACAACUACGAUUAUACCCAGGAGCAAUGUAGUCAGGUUAGAAAACAGGAAAGUUUUAUGUUAUUCAGUUUUAUGAUACUGAAAGCCCUUCAAGGACUGGCUAUAACCAUGGUGCUUGAUUUUCGGAUAUCAAGUGUACAGUGUGACAAUAGUGUGUAGCUUGUCUCGUGAUCAAUCCUACAAACAGAGCUAGAGCUUCUGCAUGCACGUCAGCACCUUGUUACAAACAAAUACAUAAUCGUUUUAGUAUAGACGCAGCCUUACAGACA